AUGCUGAGUCUUCUUGUAAAAGCUGCGCUUGUCGGGCUCACUCUUGCUUCUCACUCGCAUCAUCGCCACAUUCAUCGGCGUCAUGGUAGCUCUCAUGCGCAUACCGCAUAUACAGACCUAGAUGUUAGCCGUCAUAGGCUAAACACUAGCACAACGCUGAAUGAAACAGAGAGUUCAUCAUUUCCGGCAGAAAUGUUGCUGAACAUAACGCCCUUGCACCCCAUCGAGGAGGAAAAAGGAGCCUUUGCCCAUUUCAUGGUUGAAAAUGCGCGCAACUGGUCUCUUUCCAAUUGGGAAGAUGACAUGAAGCUCGCAAAAGAAGCCCAUAUCGACGCAUUCGCACUCAACUUUGCUGCCUCGUUCUCAGAUUUGGCUUCCAUGUCCUUGGCUUUUAAAGCCGCGGAGUCCACCGGCUUCAAGCUGUUCUUUUCUUUUGACUACGCUGGUGCCGGGCCAUUCGAUAAAUCCCUCGUGAUAGGCUGGAUAAAGAUCUUCAGCGGGUUUUCGCCGUAUUAUAAGUUCAAAGGGAAGCCAUUUGUGUCUACCUUUGAAGGGCCUGGAAAUGCAAAAGACUGGAAAGAGAUCAAGGAAAAGACAGGUUGCUUUGUUGUGCCGUCGUGGUCUUCCCUGGGCGCAAAGGAUGCUCUGGAGCUAGGCACCGCGGAUGGACUAUUCAGUUGGGCCGGUUGGUCAUGGGCAACAAAGACAUGGAUACGUGACACUCUGUGGACAGACCGUUGGGAACAAGUCAUGGUGGUUCAACCAAAGUGGUUGCAGAUCAUCAGCUGGAAUGACUACGGUGAAUCCCAUUAUAUUGGCCCUCUUCGCGAUAUCGACAACUAUGAAGCUUUCAAGGUGGGCAAGGCACCGUUCAACUACGCCCAUGGUAUGCCUCAUGAUGGCUGGCGUCUCUUCCUACCCUACUGGAUAGACACGUACAAGAAAGGAAAAGGCACAGUCACUAAGGAGGGCGUGGUUGGGUGGUAUCGGCCGAACCCUGUCGCUGCAUGCAAGAACGGUGGUACAACUGGGAAUACGGCCAGUCAGCUGCAGCUUGAAUUUGAGCCUGCUCAAGUGGUUCAGGACAAGGUCUUCUUCUCUGCACUACUGACUUCGUCGGCUACCGUCACUGUCACUGUCGGAGGCGCAUCCAUCCCCGCUACCUGGGAGUUUAUCCCGGACGGCGGUGUUGGCGUGUACCAUGGAAGCGUGGGAUAUGGGAGCUUUCUUGGGGAUGUGAAGAUUUCUAUCUCUCGUUCCGGUGCUACGAUUGCGGAGUUCAGCGGUCCGGCCAUCACGACAAGCUGCAAGGACGGUUAUAACAAUUUUAAUGCGUGGGUGGGGAGUGCCUCCGGUCCCAGUAUCUCAGCCGUUUCACCCAAAUUGUCUAUUGAGAAACAGACCUGCAUCCAGGGCACAGCACCGGGUAACUUCCAAGGCCUCUGUGAAUUCACCUGCAAAUACGGAUAUUGUCCCAUCGGAGCCUGUCAGUGCACCAAGAUGGGUGCCCCGAGAGUGAAGCCCAAGCCCACAGGCGUGGAAGGGUAUCCAAUCGCCGGCGAAGGAUCCAGUUACAUCGGCCUCUGCGCCUUUGCGUGCAACUAUGGGUACUGCCCACCAGAUGCAUGUGGUACAACCAAGGUACCUCUGACAGAACCUACGGUUUCACCUUUCCUUCCGUCAGCCUGCACCGCGGGUACUGGCGAGGGCGACCUCCAGGGGCUAUGUUCAUACGCCUGUAACUACGGAUAUUGCCCCAUUAACCACUGCAAGUGCACUGCGACGGGAGCCCUCAACCGGCCACCACCUGCCAACACAACCUUCAGUGCGGAUUAUAUCGGAGGUGAUGGGAACGAUAGUGGCUUUGCAAACGAUGAUGACCGCCCCGAGUGCGCUGAAGAGCUUCCUUGCGACUAUAGCCUGACAUUCAAUUCGUUGGAGGCCUUGGAGAAGGCCUCCGGCGAUAUACCUAGUGGUUGCAUGCCGAUGUAUGCAGCGCAGGUCCUCAUGGACACGCUAGACACAGCGCUGGCAAACUACACCGACGUUGACAAUGGCUACGACGACAAGUUCGGGUACUACGUCAAAUACCUCCGCGCCAUGGUCCCCGGUGCUAUCUCCAAAUUCGUAUCGCUGAACAAAGGUGAGGGGCCAGGUAACAAGUAUUUCCAGUGCAGGUGGGCCAUGCCAGGCGAGGAGAAGGGGGAGUACCAGAGCUGCCCAAUCAUCAACACAUCCGAGCAAGUGUACAUUGAGUAUAAGUUGAUCGAUGAGGAUGGUUUCUUCAAGGAACUCCAGAGCAAGUACGGCAUCUCAAAAGACUGGGUCGAAUUCAAAACCUACCACCGUGAAGUACCCGCAUGUCCUCCUUUCACAGGAAUAGGACCGCCCCCGAUCUGCACCCAUCCCCAUUUCCAGUACGAAAACUUCCCCAUGGCUAAAGAGGACUUCACUAUCCCCAACCCCAAGGACUCAAUCAAGGACGCGCUGCCCCGUUUCAAGCAGCUCCAGCUCGAUCUAGCAGCCACAUGGGGCGACCUGUCUUUUUUCCUCUGGGACGGCGACGAUGACGACGCCGUGGCUGCCCUGUCCAUGCCGGUGUUCAUGCUCCUGCAAGCCGUUGACUCCAUGGCGACAGUGAAGCAGAUCGGCGAAGAGGAAAAGGAGCACGAGGAAGAGGCAAAGCGUAAUCUGAUCCUCAUCAUCCUCUCCGCGGUCCUACUUAUCCUACCGUUUGCCGCAGAGGUCGUCGGAGCCGUGACGGGGAUCGCCUGGAUCGCAGAUGCUGCCACAAUCGCAGACGUCAGUGCUAGCAUUGCGCUAGCGGGCUAUGACAUUGUGAAAGAUCCAAAAUCAGCACCUAUGGAGCUUCUGAAUAUCCUGUUCGCUGGUUCGGGGCGCACCGCGAAGAAUUUUUCCAAGGCUGCGGACGUUCGUCGUGGCAUCAAGGUGGGCGAACUGGCAAAGUUUGGGUCUGUUUUUAAGGAACAUGACGAGGCUUUGCAGAGUCUUAUCCGGUUUUGUAAGAAGUGA